AUAAUAAAAAAUACUUGUAGAAUGAUAAAAUCAUUGAGAAGUAGAAUUUCAUUUUGAAAGGUGGAUUGGGUGCCUGUGUUUCAAAGGUCGAUGUAUUAGCUAAUACAGCAGACGAUUUAAUGUAUUUGCAAGGGGAGCGCAUCAUUGUUUUAAAGCAUAUUCAGGAUGAUACAUAUUUGGGGUAUUGCGAAGGAGUCAUUGGUAAUUUCAACGCAGAAAAUGUGCAUUUUGUAGAGUUAGAUCCGAGAGUGUUGGAAUCAUUAGACGCAGACUAUACCUCAGAUAUCAUGACAGCAGAAGGUUAUCAUAGCAGCAAUAGAAAUUCAAAUAAUAGCAGUAACCAUCAGUAUUACUAUCAGCAGACACUGGAUUCUAAAGCGUACCUAGGAAAGCCAAGUUUUGACAGUAUUGGAACAUCAGGGACCGCUUCUUCUCUAUCGGCAAUGAAUACAAAUAAUAUGAGCGUCAAUAAUAGUAGUGCAUUUCAAAGCCCACAUAGCUCACACAUAUCAACAGUUUCUUACUUCAAUAAUUCCUCGCUGGAAGAUCAACUUAUCCAUGAUUAUAGUAAUAAUGACAAUCAGCAGCAGCUAUACGAAGAUGAAGACCCUUAUGAUACAACAGCUCUAAAUAUAGAUUACUCGGAUGAAGAAGAAAUGGCUCACUUUAGUAUGAAUGUCCAGCGAGGAGAAAGCAAAAAUAUACCCCCAGUUACUGAUGUUACCCCCAAUACUUUGUAUAAUGGUAUCAAUAAUAUUGAUAGAAGUAGCAUAGCCCAUUCGACAACAACAAGAACAUUCACAUCAGGAAGGAGCACCAGUGCAGCGCCUCAACCGAAGAAUAACCUAACUUUGGACGAAUAUGGGUUCAUUAUAGCAACAGAUCAACAAGCUAGAACAAUAUCACGCCAUUCUUCAACAAAUUCUUCCAAACAAAAAAAAUCAAAGCAUGCCAACAACAAAUCAAUGAAAGAUUAUCGAGAAACAGAAUUGAAAUGGCUAUCAAUAGUGAGCAAAUUAGAUGCUGGUACUGUCAAAAGAGACGCCAAGUUGAAAAAAUUGGUUCGGCAGGGCAUUCCAGCUUCUGUAAGACCCCGUGUAUGGCAAUUUUUGGCUGGAUCCAUUCAUAGUAACAAUAAUAAUAGCCAAUGGAUCAAACAACUCCUCAGUCGGCCCAGAAUACCCAUUUACGAUGUCAUUGAACGUGAUAUUGCACGCUGUUACCCCGACCACGUACAGUUUAUGGAUGAAUCAGGACAAGGCCAAAAAGAUCUCUCUCACCUCCUCAAGGCUUACGCCCAAUACAAUCCUGAGCUUGAAUAUUGUCAAGGCAUGGGGCGACUCGCUGGCUUGAUGCUCAUGCACAUGUCGCUUGAAGAUGCCUUUUCCCUCUUUGUGGCUACCAUUGACCGGUACAUGAACGGCUACUUCACACCUACGCUUUCUCAAUUACACAUUGACGCCUAUAUUAUUGGUCAACUCCUUGAGGACCAUCAACCAAAACUCGCUCACCACCUACAAAAAAACGAAGUACUACCGAUAAUGUAUAUUGCCCAAUGGUUUUUGACGGCUUUUACAAUGACACUCCCUUGGGAAUCCGUACUUCGUGUUUGGGAUGCUUUCUAUUUCGAAGGAAUCAAAGUAUUUUAUCGCGUGAGUUUGGCUAUUUUAGAACUCUGUAAGGAGCAUUUGUUGACGGCAUGUCCGACUAGUUCUGAAUUGCUGGCGUUUUUGUUACAUAUUCCUCACCAGUAUUUGGAGCCUCAUGUGUUAUUAGAGACGGCAUUUCGGAUCAACCUUUCGAAAACGGAUAUUAAGAAAUACGCGAAAAAGGCAGGCACGGCAGACGAUACGUUGAGUACAUUUGGAUUGCCUUUUGAGCAUGGAAUUAAAAAUUUGCAAGUCGGAGGAAUCUCGAAUGGUUCUCAAAAUGGAGGAAGAGCAGGAAGUGGUGGUAUUGGAUUGGCUAAGCCAUUCCAAAAUAGCUUAGGUUUCAAGAAAAAAUCGUAAAAUUAAAAAAACUUGAGUCCUUCGUUCAAUAAGGGGGCUUUCAUUAACUUUAUUAUUCAGGCUCUUUUGAGACAGAAUAAACCUUCGUUCUCUGAGAAGAAAACCACAAUAAU